AUGUUCUUCACCAAGUCUGUCCUUGCCGUCGGUGGCCUUGCCACUCUUUCCCAGGCUCACAUGCUCCUCCGAACCCCCGUCCCCUACACCAGCCCUGCUCUUGUCCAGGAUCCUCUCGACCCUACGGGCGCCAACUUCCCCUGCCAGGCCCGCGCCGGUGCCCAGUUCGUCGGUACCGCUACCCCGAUGGAGAAGGGGUCGACUCAGAUCAUGGCCUUCACCGGCUCUGCUGUCCACGGUGGUGGCUCUUGCCAGGUUUCCAUCACCUAUGACAACCCGCCCACCGCCGCCUCUGUCUGGAAGGUCCUCCACUCGAUCCAGGGUGGCUGCCCUGCCCGCAACCAAGCUGGCAACAUUCUUCCCGACAACGCUGCGCUCGAGGGUGUGGACAACUACGAAUACACCAUCCCCGCUGACAUCCCAACGGGCAACGCCACCAUUGCUUGGACCUGGGUCAACAAGGUCGGCAACCGUGAGUUCUACAUGAACUGCGCCCCUGUCAGCAUCGAGGGUCCCGAGGGCAGCGAAGAUGCUCUUGCUGCUCUCCCCGACAUGUUCACGGCCAACAUUGGUGGCGACUGCACCACUGUCGGAGCCGAUAGCAAGGAUAUCCUGUUCCCCAACCCUGGCAGCUCCGUUGAGACCAACGGCGAUGUGUCUGCCAUGGUUCCCCCUACUGGCAACUGCGGUGGUGGUGCUGCUGCUCGCGCCGUCCGUGGCCGUCGCGCUGCCAAGUUCGCUGCUUGA